AUGGCAACUCGUCGAGGCGUCGGUCUCGGCGCAUUCGCCAACCGAAACCAAACAACCCAAUCCUACGCAACCCACGGCGCAAAUCUCCGAUCAACACACCUCUCCUCUCUCCAGACACAACUAUCCGUCUUUCAAUCCUUACUCCACACCUUCGCACUCGAACAUGCAUCCAAGAUAAAAUCAAACCCUACUUUCCGUGCUGAGUUCGCACGAAUGUGUAAUGCGAUCGGUGUUGAUCCUCUUGCCGCUAGUAAUGUCAAGGGCAAAGGAAGUAGUCGAAAAGGGCUGAUGGAGGGUGGUAGUUUCUGGACUCAGAUAUUGGGUGGGGAUAUGAAUGAUUUCUAUUUUGAGGUUGCUACAAGGAUUGUCGAAUUGUGUCGAGAGACGAGGGGUGAGAAUGGUGGUCUGUUGGGGGUAGAGGAGUGUCGCAAGAGGGUUGGGAGGGGGAAAGCUAUCGGCGGAGGAUUGGAGGUUUCCAAUGACGACAUCCUUCGGGCCGUCAAAUCCCUUGAACCACUCGGGUCCGGCUUCAGCAUCAUCAACGUCGGCAGCAAGCAAUACAUCCGAUCCAUACCCAAAGAACUCAAUUCAGAUCAAGCCACCGUUCUGGAAGUCAUCCAAGUCCUCGGUUAUGUCACCGUCUCCAUGCUACAGGCAAAUCUCAACUGGGAAAAGGCGCGCGCAAAGACGGUCAUAGACGACUUGCUAGCCGAUGGACUAGUCUGGCUCGAUAACCAGUGCGAGGAAAAUGAAUACUGGUCUCCGCAGAAUCUUCUGGAGGAAGAUAUGUGA